AUGGCGUCUACACUACCCUCCUCUCCCAUCUUCGAGGCCAUUGCCAGACAUGAUCCUCGGUCUCCUGCAAUCAUACACAGUACUUCUGACCGCACAUUUUGCUACGGAAGUCUGCUACACGAUGUUGCCGCUGCCAAAGACAAUUUGACUGCUUUGGCACGGGGAAAGUCGUUGGUUGGCGAGAGGAUAGCUUUCCUGGCUGAAAAUGGUUAUGAUUAUGUAGUCACUUUUCUCUCGAUUUUAUCUCAUGACGCCAUAGCCCUUCCGUUAGCACCAACUCAUCCCAAUUCCGAACUACGCUACAUCCUUGAGAACAGCGGAGCUUUAUUCUUCCUAGCCACGGAGAAAUUCCGUGAAAAGGCUCAAGACGUGGUCAAGGAGGGUCUUGAUCAUGUCCCUAACCUGGAAAUACUCUCCAAGAUUGAGACCGGCGCAGUCUCCGCCGAGAAUGUGAAAUUUAGCUCGACUCGGGUCGAGAAAGGAGGCUUUAUGCUUUACACGUCCGGGACCACAAACAGGCCGAAGGGUGUGGUACUCUCGAUACCUACCAUUACGGCUCAAGCAAGAUCUUUGAUCCAAGCCUGGAGAUACACUCCGUCAGACCUACUCCUACAUGUCCUUCCCUUACAUCACAUUCACGGCACUAUCAACGCCCUGUUCACACCGCUUCUCGCAGGUUCAGCUGUCGAGUUUGCCUACCCGUUUAACGCAGACACAGUAUGGAAACGCUUGGCCAGUCCUUUUCUACAGAGCUCGUCUCCCUCGAAACGACCCAUUACCUUUUUGACAGUUGUACCUACUAUUUACAAUCGGCUUUUGACCUCACAUCCCAAUCUCGAUCAAGAUAUGCAAGUGGCGACUCGUACAGCUAUUACGCCUCAGUAUAUGCGCUUGAAUAUAUCUGGAUCUGCUGCGUUGCCAACUCCCACCAAAUCUGCUUGGACCGAACUAAGUGGCGGAAACGUCCUUCUAGAGCGCUACGGUAUGACUGAGGUGGGCAUGGCGUUAUCAUGUGGCCUAGCCUACGAGGAUCGUGUUGACGGUAGUGUCGGCUGGCCUCUACCCUCAGUCGAGGCUCGACUUGUCGACACGGAAACUGGUGAGGUUAUCCAACCGGGUCAAGAAAUUGAUCAAAAGGGGGAGCCACGUGCAGGAGAAAUUCAGUUACGUGGUCCUACCAUUUUCACCGAAUAUUUCCGUAAUCCGAAGGCUACAGCCGAAGAGUUUGUAGCUGCAGAUGACGGGCAAGGAAAAUGGUUCAAGACUGGAGAUGUGGCAAUCCGCCAAGUGGUCCCAGGUGCGGGAAAGAGUGGCCAGUCAUGGGCACAGGGACCGAUGUACUUUAUCCGUGGACGUCAGUCAGUCGAUAUUAUCAAAACCGGAGGCGAGAAAGUUUCGGCUUUAGAGAUCGAACGAGAACUUCUAUCCUUGCCUGAAGUUGCCGAAGCCGCAGUGGUGGGCAUCGCCAACGAGCAAUGGGGUCAAAAAGUCGCCGCCGUGAUCGUCCUGACGCCCAAGGGAUUGACGGCAGGUAAAGGCGGCAAGCCAUGGAGCGUAAUGGAUAUGAGGCGUGCGUUGAAAGACAAACUUGCCAAUUACAAAAUUCCCCAGGAGUUGAAGGUCGUGGAAACAAUCCCCAAAAACGCAAUGGGCAAAAUCAACAAAAAGACCCUGGUGAAGGAUGUUUUCGAGAAAGAGAAACCUGUUACAAACGGUGUAUCUAAUGGAGUCACCAACGGAGUUCAUCACACCCCGUCCACCAACGGACUCACGAAUGGUGCAUAA